AUGAGGGGAUAUGGGUUGUUUCUGGAUGGGAAGAAUGCCAAAGUGUGCCAGGCAGUGCCACAGGAGUUGGUUCUUUGUUCAGGGGAGCCCUCAGUGCCGCCCCCAGUCCCCAAGCUUAUUCCUGCCCCCUAUCAACCCCCUAAUGCUGCCAACACCUUCGCCCUGCCAACACCAUCUCCCUGCCAACACCAUCUCCCUGCCAACCCGUCAACCUUGCCAACACCAACAUCUUCACCUCUACGAACUCCUCAAACCCUGUCAACGCCCCCUGCCCCUGCCAACACUUCAACCCUUUCGACAUCCCUGCUCUUGCCAACACCCCUAUCCACACCUUAG